AUGCUGAAGCACGUGGCGGUGUCGCCGCACCGUGCGCGCGCCGACUCCGUGAGCCUCUCGUCCUCCGCCUCCUGCUGCAGCCUCGGCAGCCUCGAGCACCGCCACGACUCCGUGGCGGACCUCUCGCAACGCACGACCACGAUCAAGGUGUACGCGCGCUGCCUGCGGCCGGACAUCGAAUACAAGACGCUGUCGGUCACCUGGGGCACCAGGGCGCGCGAGGUGGUGGCCACGCUGCUCGGCAAGUUCAGGAUGCGCCACCGCGACCCCCGCCUCUUCUACCUCAGCAUGGAGGUCAGGGUGCGCGCGGCGGGCCUGCGCACCGCCCUGGUGCUCGACGACGACGCCAGGCCCGCCGCCCUCCAGGCCUGCCACCCGAAGGGCUACUCCAAGUUCUCCCUGCAGAUGCGUCCAGGCGGUCUGGUCAAGAUCUACGACUCGGCCCUGAUGUCCUCUUCCCAGUACAAGUGCCUGUUGACCAGCGAGCGCACAACAGCCGACGAGCUCCUGGCCAUAUUGUUACACUGCUACGACUCGACGGAGGGCGUAGAGAGGUUCUCGCUCUACGAGGUGUGCCCAUCACAGGAGUACGAGCGGAAACUGCACCCUGAUGACCUGCCGCUGCUCGUGCAGCGCGCGUGGCCGGCGGACAGCGAAUGUCACUUCCGAGUUCGGAGGAAUCCCAGGGCCCCUCCCCUCCCCCCGCGGACCGUCCCUCCGCCGGCGGAGGCGCCGCAGGAGGAGGAGGGACCCUCCAGAGCGCUCUCGGCACUCUCCCUCGAAUCCGAGGAGGACACCAAAAGGUACAGCCCAGUCUACAAGUUCCCCAGCAUAAGCUACUGCAGGGAGACCAAAAAUGACUACCUCUAUAUA